AUGGAAAACACAGCAUCAUUCAAGCCAACCCUAAUUGUCCACGGUGGCGCCGGUAAUAUCCAACGCUCUAAACUGCCCCCGGACCUGUAUGCCGCCCACCACGCCUCGCUCCAAUCUUAUCUCCGCUCAACCCACACCCUCCUCAAAGAAGGCAGCACAGCUCUAGACGCAGCCGUACAUGCCGUCUCCCUCCUUGAAGAUGACCCACUCUUCAACUGCGGCCGCGGCAGCGUCUUCACAACAGCCGGCGCAAUCGAAAUGGAAGCCUCCGUAAUGGUGACAUCCAUUCACCCCAACAGCACAACCCAACCAGGGUCAAUCAAGCGCGGCGCAGGCGUAAUGGGCGUCCGUAAUGUCCGUCAUCCGAUCCGUCUCGCGCGCGAAUCGCUCCUCAGAGCCGGUGUUGCUGCUGAUGGAUCCCCUGUAGAUGACGGGGGGAGUAUGCAUUCUCAGCUAAUUGCUCCAUAUGUUGAGACGCUCGCGAAGGAUUGGGGACUGGAAUUUUGUCCUGAUGAGUGGUUCUUCACGCAGAAGAGGUGGGAUGAGCACAUGAGGGGUUUGAGGGGGGAGGAGGAGCCCCUUUUCUUGACUCAGGGGACUGUUGGUUGUGUUUGUCUUGAUCAGUGGGGAAAUCUGGCUGUUGCUACUAGUACUGGCGGGUUGACGAAUAAGUUGCCCGGGAGAAUUGGUGAUACGCCUACCUUGGGUGCUGGGUUUUGGGCUGAGGCUUGGGAUGAGAUUGUGUCCGGUGGUGCUGAGGCGAUGUCGGAUGAUUCCGUGGGUGGAUUGCUACGCGACGCGAGGAAUUGGCUGGGAGAUUGCAUGCCGCAAUUUCUACGGGAUCAGAACACCCCAAUGUACUCAUCCCUUUCGGGUGAUGGGUCCUCUAAGCAAUUGGACUUGGGGGUAGAGAAGGGUUGCUAUCGGCGUGCUGUUGCGGUCUCUGGGACUGGGAAUGGAGACUCAUUCCUUCGGGUUGCGGCUGCGCGCACAACUGCUUCAAUGCUACGGUUUUCUUCGCCUGGCAGGUUUCCUUCCGGCCUUGCAGACGCAGUGACGGCUGUUUCUGGGCCUGGUGGUGAGCUUCAACGUUCGGCUGGCGCCAGGUGGAAUAAGACUGGUGAGGGCGAAGGUGGUAUCAUUGGUAUAGAGGCAGAGCUUGUUCCUGUGAACAGGGCAUCAGAUGUCAAAUUACAUCGGGGAAAGGUUGUAUUUGACUUUAAUUGUGGUGGUAUGUGGCGUGCUUGGGUGGAGGAGGAUGCUGCUGGUAAUGAAGUUGAGAGGAUUAUGGUCUUUCGAGAGCAAUAUCAAUAG